AUGUUUUGUUGGGGUAACGCAACUCAUCAUGAAUUGUGUUUAAAUGGUCCAGGAACAGCUGCAGAUUUGGUUAUAAAACCAACAUUAUCAAAAUGGAAGGAGAGCAAUCAUCUGCAACUUGUAGCCGCUGGAGAAUUUCAUACUUUGUACCUUACAAAUCAUGGGCACUUAUAUUCUUGUGGCAGCAAUGAUGUGGGACAACUUGGACGUCAAACAGAAAGUUCUGAUGGAGAAUCUCCAGAUUUAGUGGAAACUUUCAAAGGUUGUGCAAUAUCAACAGUAGCAUGUGGCAUCCAACAUUCAAUGGCCCUUGAUGAAUGGGGUCAACCUUUCAGCUGGGGUUCUGAUAGUAUGGGACAAUUAGGAAGCAGUCUUGGUGCCCAUGCUCAAGAUAAACCAAAAAUUAUCAAAUUCUUGGCUACCAGAAAUGUUAUACAGAUUGCAUGUGGAUCAUAUCACUCAAUUGCAUUGACAAACAAUGGUGACCUCUAUUCUUGGGGAGCAAAUAGUUAUGGGCAGUGUGGCUUGGGCAAUAUGACAAACAAGGAAACCACACCUCAACAGAUUACAUCCUUACUCGGCGUACCUAUUUCAUUGGUGGCAUGUGGCAGUAACCACACAUUUGUUCUAUCUAAAUCAGGUGCAGUGUUUGGGUGGGGUAAAAAUAUGCAUGGACAAUUAGGCUUGCAGGAUAGAGAAAACAGGUGUUAUCCUACUCAUUUGAAAACGUUAAGAAAUGUCAAGGUAUGCCACAUAUCUUGUGGGGAAGAUUUCACAGCAUUUCUAACACUGGAUGGUGGUGUGUUCACUUGUGGCUCUGGAGAAUAUGGACAGACUGGCCAUGGAACUACUAAAGAUGAAUUAGUUCCUAAAAAGAUAAUGGAGUUAAUGGGCAGCACAGUGACGCAAGUUGCUUGCGGUCGUCGCCACGUACUCUGUCGCGUGGGAGACCGCAUACUAGCUUGCGGCUAUGGCGCUAGAGGGCAGUUGGGAUGUCCGCACAUGGCCUUCGCGCUCGUGCCGACACCGGUCCCUUUUACACCCAACGAUGAUUCGCCGACUGAUAAUGCAGGACAAAGUAAGCCCAAGAAGAAAUCCAAGAUCGAGAAGGCUAGGACGUGUCCUAAACAAGGCGGCUCGCGGUCCCCUAAGUCUAACUUCUCUCAAGAAAUACUCAGCGGUCCGAUAAAGGUGUUCGCAGGCGGCGAUCACAGCUUCGUAGUUAUCAGCAGCGACAAAACUGUGUCUGUGGACUUCCGGGUGCCAGAUAGUAAGAAGCAGAUCCUCACACUCAGCUUGCCGAGGCUGGCUGCUUGUGAAAUGUUUAAAGAUGACGAUGCUGUGAAUCAAGAUCUAAUGGCGUAUCUGGAGACAGUGUUCGGUUCACUGGCGUGUAUGAACGGCUCGUUCUUGCUGACUCAGAGCGGACACUUCGGAUGCAACACCAAAGUACCCGGCGUGGACCUAAAGAAGGCGGAGGAAGCUUUUGCGCUUAUUAGCAGAAUUGAAAAUACCUCCAUAAAAGAGCUUAUAUUUAAUCACCUAACAGAGAAUAUUAUAAAGAAAAUGAAGCCAUCCCCACCCGAUGCCGAGGUGCUACGAGUGUUCCUAAUUCUUCCGUUGUAUCAUGAAAUGAGGAAUCCACGUCGCCAUCCUGAGCUACAGGGUCCAUUUGCGGAGGCUUUUAAUAAAUUAGCAAUGUACCCGCAGAAAAUUGUACAAAUGUGGUGGGAAGCGCAAACUACUGAGUACUUUGAGAUGCUAGUUGAUAUUUUUAAGAGUGUGAUAGUUUAUGAACUAAUGCAGCCUGUAGUUCGAGCUAAUAAGAAAAUUUCUUUCACGCAUAGUAUUGUGCAAAUUUUGAAUACAUUAUCAUUUUUAAAUAAAAUUAACUUCGUGAAUCCAAAAAAGCCCAAAAUACCAGCAGAAUGUUUUUACAUAGAAGAUCUCUGCAACUAUGUGGAUAUAGCGACCGACUAUAUCCAGUGGCUAGCCGAUCAAGACUCGUCUCAGCGUCACAUGUGUAACUACGCAUUCCUAUUCGACGUGCAGUGCAAAUCUCUACUGCUGAAGAUCGACCAACAGCUACAAAUGCAAAUGGCCAUAAGCAGGGCCGCCACCCAAAUAUUUUCUCGCCUAUUCAUCGACCCUACGUAUGAAUACCAAAGAGAUCAGUUCCUCAACCUCACAAUCUCUAGGAAUCAUAUAGUUAGAGAUACAAUGACGCAAAUAAGCAGCCAUGACACGUCGCAGCUGAAGAAGCCACUUAGAGUAGAAUUCGUGGGAGAGGAGGCGGAGGACGCCGGUGGUGUGAGAAAAGAAUUUUUCAUGUUGUUGCUUAAGGAGAUAUUCGAUCCAGUGUAUGGAAUGUUCAAACAGUCCGAGGAAACCAAUAUGAUAUGGUUUUCAAACAAUCCCUUUGAAGAUGACGUCAUGUAUUAUUUAAUUGGUGCAAUUUAUGGCCUAGCUAUCUACAACUCCAUUAUCAUCUAUGUCCCAUUUCCACUUGUGUUGUACAAGAAAUUAUUAGGAGAGUCUGUUAUGUUGGAUGAUCUCUCGGAUCUUUAUCCUACAUUGGCUAACAGUUUGAAGAGUCUCCUAGAGUAUACAGAUGAGGAUGUUGAAGAGGUAUUUAGUCUGUGUUUCGCCGUUAACACUAUUGUAUUCGAUGAAAUUCAAGUUCACAUGCUGAAGGAGAACGGCGAGAAUAUACCGGUUACACACGAGAACAAGGAGGAAUACGUUGAGCUUUACGUCGACUUUUUGCUCAAUAAGUCUGUGCAAAAUCAGUUUAAGGCUUUCAAUCAAGGAUUUCAAAAGGUAUGCGGUGGUAGGAUUAUCAAAUUGUUUAGAUCUCACGAGUUGAUGUCGGUUGUUAUUGGAAACGAAGAAUACGACUGGGAUUUGUUCGAAAACAAUUGUGAAUAUAAAAAUGGUUACUCCGCUACUGACCAACAGAUCAGAUGGUUCUGGGAAGUUUUCCAUGAACUUUCCCUGGAGGACAAAAAGAAGUUCCUUCUCUUUCUCACCGGUAGUGAUCGAGUACCCAUACAGGGUAUGAAGGAUAUUAAGAUUCGAAUACAGCCGGUAGCAGAUGAUAGAUUUUUCCCCGUGGCUCACACUUGCUUCAAUCUCCUCGAUCUACCGCGAUAUAAGACUAAAGAACGGCUUAAAUAUUACCUCCUUCAGGCAAUACAACAAACACAAGGAUUCUCGCUUGUUUGA